UCCUUGCCCAGGACGGUGAUCGGGGAAUUCCUAGGAAUAUUAAAUACAAAAUGGUGAACUCUUCAGAUGAGUGCUCAAAAUUAUUUGAGAUAAAUACCACCACUGGGAAGUUUUUUUCAAUAAAUGAUAAAUUGGACAGAGACACUGGAAUCGUAUUGGAAAAUCAAGGUGUAUGCAGGAUCAGUAUUGAGGCUGAAGAGAUAACAGAACCCGGAGAGCCGACUACCAAUUCUACAGCCACCACGACAGUGACUGUGAUGGUGGAGGAUCUAGACGACAACGUACCAACCUUCAACAAGUCUCACUACGACGCCUACAUAGAGGAGGACGUGUCCAACAUUCCAAUAAACAUCGUGGGAUCGACAGGCAUAGAGGUGUUCGAUCUGGGUCAGGGACCAAACAGUAAGUUCAGCCUAACAGUCCGAUAUACCAACGGAACCAGAUUUACUGGAAUUGAAGCCACACCGUCAUUAGUUCUUUCCCGGGCUACGGUUUUAUUGAGACUUGUAAAUGGUUUUGAAUUCGACUACGAAACAGAACAGACCAUUACACUGCUUGUUGUAGCCACUGAGAGCAUUAACCUAAGUCUAUCUACAACAUGUACAGUCGAUGUUUACAUCAAUAAUACCAACGACAAUGAUCCAGAGUUUAGUCAGGAUGAAUACAAUGCCACCAUCCCCGAAAGUCCGCCGACUGGCACAUCAGUUACAGUAGUCACGGCAGAAGAUCUCGAUCUAGAAGAAUACGGCAAAUUGACCUAUACACUGAAAGGCUCUUCCCAGUUUGGCAUUGAUCCACACAAUGGCACUGUUUACACUGAGGGAAGUCCUGGUGACCUUGACCGAGAAACACGUGACACAUACUAUUUGACGGUGGUAGCCACUGACGGAGGAAACAGGAGGGCGGUGGCCUCUCUGACAGUAACUCUCUCCGAUAUCAACGAUAACCCACCCAUCUUCCUUUAUAAUACAGUGGAGAUGUCAAUUACUGAGAAUACGACACAGUUCAAUCCAGAUAUACUAGUAACGGCAACCGACAUAGACGAGAUCAACACACCAAACAGUGAAGUUAUGUACAGACUUAAAUGUCCCGAUAACCUGAACAACAACUUCACCAUUAACAGCACCACAGGUGAAAUCAUCGCCACACAGCCUCUGGACUACGAACGCCUCAACUCGUCACAGAACGGACAGAUACAUCUGAUCGUUAUAGCAUACGACAAUGGAAACAAAUCUCUUGAAUCAAACACUACUGUAACGAUCAACGUACAUGAUAUAAACGAUAACACACCAAACUUUCAUCAGGAUAGCUACAACGCCAGUAUUCCUGAAAACUCAGCAGCAGGAAUAUUCGUGGCCAAUGUGUCAGCAAGUGAUGGGGAUGCAACCAGCCCAAACAAUGAAGUCCGAUACUAUAUUGAAAAAGGAGGAUCCGAUUUGUUUCGAAUAAACGGACAAAAUGGCACCAUCACUGUUGAUCUGAAUGCUAAAUUCGACAGAGAAAGUCAGGACCAGUAUAACCUGACAAUAAUUGCCGCUGAUAUUGGUACUCCGCCAGAAACAGGGACAGUGACUCUAACUAUAACAAUUACUGAUAUCAACGACGAAAGUCCUGAGUUCGGCCAGUCUAGUUACAUAGCGAGUGAGAAAGAAGAUAUCGCCAUUGGAUAUAUCGUUAAAAACUGUACUGCUUCUGAUGCCGAUAAUAACAAUGAACUUGAGUACGACAUCCAAACUCAUUCAGCGACAGAUGGUGCAGGAAACAGUGUCAACAUCAGUCUAGUUGAGCAUAUGUUUGACAUUUAUCCAAACAAUGGAUCUGUGUUCGUGAGUAACAGUCUGGACAGAGAAAAAGCAAGCCAAGUAACGUUGAUUAUCAUUGUCAACGACACAAAGUGCGCCGAACAUUGUCCCCAGACAGCUACGGCAUUGCUGACUGUAACUGUUGAAGAUGUAAAUGAUGUUCCGCCAAAAUUUACAAAGGCCGAGUAUCAGGGGUCUGUUCCAGAGUCUUCGCCUGUUGACACAAUCGUUAUCACAGUUACAGCCUCCGACAUUGAUACCGUAGGAGCGCCUCCGAUUUAUACAUUGUUACACGAUACCUACGGGCCGCUAACAAUCAAAGACAACUCAUCAGGAACAAUAACAACAAAGAACAAGCUUGAUCGAGAAACCCAGCCGGAACUCAACAUAACGGUCGUCGCUUCUGACGGCCUGAACAACUCCACGUGCAUCGUAAUUGUUCACGUGACAGAUGUUAACGAUAAUGCACCAGUGUUUCUUCCCUAUGUCGACACCGUCUUUAUAACAGAGGGAAACUAUACGAAUGACAUCCGAUUCAUUGCCACAGUCAAUGCAACCGAUGCUGACGAGGGACCUAAUGCCAUAGUGAGCUACAGACUGGAAAACAACUACUACGACAGCUUCUGGAUAAAUGAUACAACGGGUGAUAUCUGGGCCGUCGGUGAUAUAGACCGGGAAACCACGUCACACAUUGGUGUGUUCGAGCUAACCAUUAUUGCUGAAAAUUUGCGAAAGGACCCAGAAAUCCUUCGGAAUAAUACAAAAUUAACGAUAAAUGUUUUAGACGUGAACGACAAUCAUCCCAAAUUUUCUAAUCCACCUUAUAGGGGGAGUGUCAAAGAAACAGAAGUUAAACCUGGUAAUCAAAUUCUACAGGUGACUGCAGUAGAUAGUGAUAAUGGUACUAACGGUACGGAAGGUAUAAAGUACGUACUGGGGGGUAUUACAAACGGGACCAGCUAUUUCUACAUCAACGCCACGACUGGCGAUAUAUACGCUUACAGCUCGAUGGUGAACAAUGUCGGAACGUUCCUCCUUAACGUGACCGCUAGUGAUGGUGGUCAGCCUCCCCUUGAGUCAGGUGUUGAAGUCUACAUCAACGUCGAAGACGAAAAUAACAACGCACCUGUAUUUCACUUUAGACAUCCGAUUGGUGGGAUAGUCAUAUACAGCAUGCUCGAGUGUAUGCAGAAUGGUUCUACAUUAACAACGAUCAAUGCUUCUGAUGCUGAUGUAGCUCAAAAUGGAAAGAUCACAUUUUCCUUUGCUCGGGAAGAUGAUUCAGACCCUGGUCCAUUCGUUAUAGAUAAGACUACUGGUGUGAUUAAAUUGAACGGCACUGUCAGUAACCAAAAGCAAGCAGAGUACAAGGUUAAAAUCAAUGCUACCGACAAUGGGACGCCAAAACCACUAACGAGCCUGUCCUCACCUGUAAAGAUUCUGAUCAAAGAUGUAAACGAUCAACCACCUGUGUUCAGUUCCAACGAAACGUCAGCUAAUGUGAGGGAGAACACUGUGGAUGUUACCGUUACCACUGUGGUAGCUCAUGACGCCGACGCAGACUCAGUCACGACAUACUCCAUCAAGGACAUCGGGUCCAACUACAAAGAUUUCCGCAUCAACGAGACCACUGGAUUGGUAACGAUAAUAAAACCUUUAGACCGUGAGCUGACCCCCACAGUCAACUUCACGGUGGAAGCGAGGGACGCCUCACUGAGAAACGAAACUUGUAACGGUACUGACGCAAUUGCGGCGAUGAGUGACACCCAGAUUAUCAUCGUGACACUGGAUGAUGAAAACGACAGCCCACCUGUAUUCAAGUCGAAAGAAUUCGAUACCGGUAUAAGGAAAAACAUUAAACUACUUACGUCAAUUUUUGACUUUGUAAAUAAGGUAUCGGACAGUGAUACUGAGAUCAACAGCGUCCAUUCAUUUGAAAUCCACAAUAUUACGAUGCCCGAUAGCAUUGUUGAUGCAGUAAAAAAUGUGCCACCGUGUAAGGAUACUGUAGCAGAACGAGCAGUAUGUCUGUCCAGUAAUGGAACCGUCACAACAAACAUGGUGUUUGAGGAGAACAUGAAGGGCACGAUGGAAAUAAUGGUUGUAGCGAGGGACAAGGCUGGGAACAGUACAACUAAACUCAAGAUUGAUAUUAUAGUUGAUAGCCAAAUGGCAAGAAUGGUAUUUGGUAGCAGCAAACAGCGGGUUGAAGACAUCAAAGACAAAGUCACAGGGGUACUGACCAAUCUGACCGGGUACACUUUCGUGCCGGACGAGGUCAGUGCAUACAUUAAAGACGACGGCAGUGUGGAUGUUACUCAGUCUGUUCUCACGUUUUAUGUGAAGGAACCAAAAACCGGCAGAAUCCUUACUGCGAAAGAAAUUACAGAUUUGGUGGACAGAUUCGGCAGCAGACUUAUAGAUGCAAGGAUAAGAUAUCAACUAGUAUCCAUUGAGGAGGCCUUUAAAACACCUGUAAAAGAAGUAGACGAGAGAUUUAAACAAACCAUGAUAUUGGUAGGAGCUACUGUGCUGGAGGCUUUGAUCAUCUGCAUCCUUGUUGUCGUGGCCUGUCGUAGCCAGGGGAAAUUCAAGCGAAAGCUAAAGGCGGCCACAGUAACAACGAAAGAUGAUAAGGAUACGGGAGGGAAAAAGAGUUCAAUUGUUCCUGGAAGCAAUGUUUACGCUUCAAU